CUCGUUUCCUCUUCCUACACUUCCCCCUGUUAUCGCACCUCCGCUCGUCGUCCGCUCCUCUCCCCCUUUCUUCCCCAUUUUUUAAAAUUUUACACCAUCACCCUUGUUCUCUUUUCCCCUCUCCUCUCCACUCAUUUAAUUCUCCUGAUAAUUUCCCCCUCAUCCAUUGAUUAUUUAUUUAGAGAUUUUAAUUCGUUAUCCCCUUUUACUUUCUCGAUAAUCCUGCUUCCUCCCUCCCUCGAUUUGGACUCCGAUUCCGAUUUUACCAUUCCGUCCCGUCUUUCUCGUCCCUUAAAUUAAUUGUCGCCAGAAUCGGGGGGAUUUGGAUUUCUUGGCUUCGAGAGAAAGAUGGGAAGGGUGAAACUGAAGAUAAAAAGGUUGGAGAACACGAGCGGGAGGCAGGUGACGUACUCGAAGAGGAGAGCAGGGAUACUGAAGAAGGCGAAGGAGCUGUCCAUCCUCUGCGACAUUGACAUCCUCCUCCUCAUGUUCUCUCCCACCGGCAAACCCACUUUGUGCCUCGGAGAACGAAGCAACAUUGAGGAGGUCAUUUCAAAGUUCGCACAAUUAACUCCGCAGGAGAGGGCUAAAAGGAAGUUGGAAAGCCUUGAGGCACUGAAGAAGACAUUCAAGAAGUUGGAUCAUGAUGUCAAUAUACAAGAUUUUUUAGGUUCAAGCCAAACAGUUGAGGAGCUGGCUAAUCACUCCCAGUCAUUGCAAGCUCAGAUAUCCGAAGUAGAAAGAAGACUGAGUUAUUGGAUUGACCCUGAUAAGAUUAACAGUAUAGACCAUAUCAGGGCAAUGGAAGAAUCUCUUCGUGAAUCUUUAGAUCGAAUCCGCAUGCAGAAGGAAAACUUGGAAAAGCAACACCUCAUGACACUUGAACGUGCUGCGCAGUUCCAGAAUGGGCUGAAUUUGCCUCUGGGGAUGACUGGAGAGCAACAACCCUCACAUAUGUCAUGGCUUCAGGAAAAUGAUGGUCGACACCUAUUGCUCCAGGAAAAUGCUAGUUUGCUACAACAAAGGGAUAUUGAAUGCUCCACAGAUGCAACCCUUCAAGGAUUUUCUGGAUACUUUAGCACAGGAAAGCAAACCGAGGUCAAUAAGCAAAGCCAGGAGGAAGCCUUGAAUGAGUUGAAUCAAAGCUCGUGCUUAAGGCUAGAGCUUGGAGGGAACUUUCCAUACCCGUCUUAUGAUUUAAAUUUGCUCAGUGAGAAGAAGUUCAAGCCUGGUGCUGAAGUUAAUCUACCAGAGAUUCCAGUUGAUUAUCAAGUUAACAACUUUGAGCCACCAAGGCCUGUCUAUGAUGCCAACGCUCAGGCAUGGGCUUCAACAUCUGGAUCUUGUGGCAUUGUCAUGUUUGAUGACCAUUCCUACCCCCAGCAACCGAACCAGACAUGACAAUUCGAACCGAUAGUCUGCUGCUAGUUUUGUUUGCAUGACAACUGGAUCUUCUUCAUCCUUUUAUAUCCUUCCUGAGUGCACUAUAGACUGACAAGAUGAGGCGAAACUUUUCAGCUGAUGUCAAACUUGUAUAUUUUUCUUUCAUACCAGUAUCAUAUACAGUACCAACUGAGAUACAAGAUUUCAGGGUGUUAUACUGUUGUACAGAAACCUGACUAGGGUUAGGGUGAUUUUAGCACCCAUUGGUUCUUGGAUCAUUCUAUUUACCA